AAGAUGUUUUCCUGCAUUUGGAAAAAACAAAAGAAAAGCCCUCCAGGGGAUGUACGCUCUGGAGAUGGUGAUAGCGCAAGUCUGCAGAAGAGGCUACAGAGAGAGGCAUGGUCUCCCAUUUCCACCACAACCCCUGAUACCAGCGAGGCUCCCAGGACUAGAAAAACCUCCUUCUGGCAACGCUGGUCUCUUCAUAACAAGAAAAGCCCUCCAGGGGAUGUACGCUCUGGAGAUGGUGAUAGCGCAAGUCUGCAGAAGAGGCUACAGACAGAGGCAUGGUCUCCCAUUUCCACCACAACCCCUGAUAACAGCAAGGCUCCCAGGACUAGAAAAACCUCCUUCUGGCAACGCUGGUCUCUUCAUAACAAGAAAAGCCCUCCAGGGGAUGUACGCUCUGGAGAUGGUGAUAACGCAAGUCUGCAGAAGAGGCUACAGACAGAGGCAUGGUCUCGCAUUUCCACCACAACCCCUGAUACCAGCGAGGCUCCCAGGACUAGAAAAACCUCCUUCUGGCAACGCUGGUCUCUUCAUAACAAGAUAAGCCCUCAAAGUGAUGUACACUCUGGGAAUGGCGAAAGCUUAAGUCUUCAGAAGAGCCAGCAGACAGAAGCACCAUCUCCUUCUACCAUCACAACCAGCGAGGCUCCUAGAACUAGAAAAACCUCCUUCUGGCAUUGUUGGCGUCUUCUUAACAAGAAAAAGCAGAGCCAUCUCCAACAAGAUGUGGACGCGGUCACAAUCCAUUCACCUUCAGUGACAGAAAUGAGUUGUUGCACAAGUGAGAAGUCUCAGGGAGGAGAGACUGGUGUCGAGUUCAGGGCCUCACCUGUUCUUGACAGUCCUGUCUCUGCUCACCAUGAGCCGCAUCUCCAAGUAGUCCCACAAUGCUCCACCACAGAAGGAGACUCCCAAACUGGCCAGAACAGCAGAGUGGAAGAGACUGUCUUGUCCUCUACUGCCACAGCACAGAUCAUAAACAACCAAGAGGACUGCAAAGAAAGCGAGGCUGAUGUCCAAGACAACAUCCAACCUGCGUCUGAAAGUCAAGACAAGACUCCCGAGAAAGAUUGCCCUUGAAGAGCUAACGCACCUGCCAUCAGGGCUUGCAAAAUGAGUCACAUUUCUUUAACUUUUCCACAUAUAGUCACAUUACAAACAAAAAAUACAAAUACAUUUUAUUGGAGUGUUAUGUGAAAGACAAAGUGGUAUACAACUGUGAUGUAGCAAGAAACUAAUACAUGGUCUCUUUUUUUAACAAAUAAAAAACUGAAAAGAGCAACGUGCAAAAGUAUUCAGCAUCCCCCAGUAAAUAUUUCUUGGAACCGCGUUGUGCUGUAAUUACAGCUGCAAGUCUCUGCCAGUUUUCCACGUCUUGUGACUGAAAUUUUUGGCCAUUCUUCUUUGCAAAUCAGUUCAAGCACAGUCAGAUUAGAUGUAGAGCGUUUGUGAAUAGCAGUUUUCAGACCUUAUCAGAUCCAAAGAUUCUUGAUUCGGUUUAAGUGAGAGGUCGACCGAUACAGGUUUUUAGGGCAGAUACUGAUUAUUUUGACAACAUGCAAAUCGGUACCCGAUACGUGAAAAGUAAAAAUAAUACAAUUGAAAAUGUUGAGUACAACACAAAGUAUCUAUCUUUUAAUAAUAAUAUUAUUA